UACAGUCACGUGCUCCACACAUCCUCGGAUAUCUGAUCUGACUGGCAGGCAGCUUGCUCGUGCAAGAUGCAUUUGUACCUGCAUUCUUUUCUUUUGCUGCUGCUGCUGCUAGUUGCUGCAAGCAACGCCCAACAACCUUCUGAUGCUAAGAUCACCAAUCUUCCGGGAGCAAACUUCACCAUCCCUUUCUCGCAGUAUGCUGAUUUUAUCACAGUCAAUGGCAGCCACGGCAGGCGACUGUUCUACUGGUUUGUGGAGUCUCAGAACGAUCCAGCCAAUGAUCCAGUACUUCUCUGGCUCAACGGUGGCCCAGGAUGCUCCUCCCUUGCUGGUUUAUUCACUGAACUGGGACCAUUCUAUCCUGUUGAUGGCGAGACCCUUGCUCGGAACCCAUACUCUUGGAACACUGUUGCUAAUGUCAUUUUCCUGGAGUCACCAAGUGGUGUUGGUUUCUCGUACUCUGACACUCGCUCUGACUACACCACUGGAGACCAGCAGACCACGCAAGACACAUUGCAGUUUCUCCUCAGUUUCUUUGCCAUUUACGAACAGUUUGCCAACAAUGAGUUUUGGAUAACUGGAGAGUCUUAUGGAGGUCAUUAUGUGCCGUGGCUGGCUAGAGCUGUGCUGGAGUGGAACUCCAUGAGUCCAGCCAACCCCAUCAACCUCAAGGGGUUUAUGGUGGGCAAUGCCUGGACUGACCCUCUCUAUGAUAACCGUGGGGCUGCCACCUUCUGGGCUCAGACUGGUAUCAUCAGCAACAGCACUUUCAGUGCGAUCCUCCGAACCUGCAAUUUCUCAGAUGUGGGACCGUUUGUUACAACUCUGGGCAAAGUGGCUGAGCCUGGAGAUGACUGCUCGGCCGCAGUAAACCAGGCUGAUGAAGAGAUGGGAGACAUCAACCUUUAUGAUAUAUAUGUGGAAGCAUGCAUUGGAACCAGUCGGGACAGACGUCACUUUGGCAAUGGUGGGGUCUCCUUGUUCAGGAGGACUGGGCAACGGAAGAGUUCCUCUCAAGACCCAUGCAUCGACAUCUACCUCACUGAGUAUAUAGUUGAAGACUCUCUUAUCUCUCCUAGUGUCACUGGUACCUCUAUAUUCACAGAUACUUACGUCGCGAGAACGUCAUUGAAGCCAUUCAUGCCUCUCAAUGCCCCAAUCGUUGGAGUGAAUGCUCUGUGUUGGUGGACUAUUCUCGCUCUGAUCUGCUGGCCCCAGUCAUUCCACUCUACCUCAAGUUCUUCUCGGAAAACAAGAUCAGGAUCUUGGUCUACAGUGGAGACGUUGAUGGAGUGGUACCUCACACAGGUACCGAGGAAUGGAUGGCCAGUAAGGAUGUAGGACUGACAGUAGAAAAACCUUUCAUGCCCUGGAAAGCAUCAAAUGGACAAGUGGGUGGCUACAGAACUGUGUACAAGCAGAUGACAUAUGCCACUGUGCGAGGAGCCGGCCACAUGGUACCAGGCACUCAGCCAUUGUAUGCACUGGACAUGAUAAAGGCCUUUCUUUCAGGCAAACUCUAAGAUAUUGCUCACACCUGUUGUGGAGAACAUUAUGUGUGUGUGACUAGCAGUUUCUAAAUAAGAAGCGUUGUCAAAUUCUUAGUUCCCCAGCUCGCAUGGGUAUAUAGCUAGAUUGUAAGUGCUGCAAGGGAUAGUCUGCGGGAAAAGAUGGGAAUUAGACUAUUUGUGUUUGUGCUGACAGUCGCACUGGCUGGUCAGGCAACGGGAGAAGAAGAGCUUUUUGUGGCAAGCCUUACAACUGCAGUGGCAGACUUCGUUUACGAGGAUCUCUCCUCGGGUCGAGGAGUGCACGUCGUGAGCACUUACGACAGUCUCCACAUUAGCACACUGGACGGCCGUGGUCUAGUAGCAGCCGACGAAUCAUCUGGGGAGUCUUUCCGACUGAUCGCAGUAGGUCGCACCAUGUUCAUUCAGGUAAAAACGGGCUCCACCGAGAGCCAAGAUUUCUCUGUGCCAGAUGCGUACACCGGCAUCCUAAGCAACACCGACUGGACGGUUUUGCGGGACUUGGUUCGCCUCCUGAAUUCCAGUUCCACUGACCAGGAGGCAAGCCAUGUAAAACUUUGGGAGUCGCUACUGACUGUCCUGAGCUUCCCUGAGGCCGCGCUCUUGCAGAAUGCUGCUGCAACGCUGGGCGGAACGGGAGUGACGGGCCUGAACUAUCCCAGCGUCCUGCCAUUCUACAUGGCGGCUCUACAGCUAAACCAACUGCAGGGAGGAAAUAUAACAGGCAGCAGCCUUCUGCAUGUGACAGAUGACAAUGGAUGUCUCAGCGAAUGCCCACCAUGUCCUUACCAGGACUGCCUGGGUCUGUGCGGCUACGGCUGCAACUGCUGGAAGUGGGUUUGCGGGGAUUGUUGCUACCAUCUCGGCUGCUACGAACACGACAUAUGCUGCCGCACAAAGUUUGUUCGUACAGCCUGUCUCCUCCCCUUCAGCUUCAAAUGUGAAUCUGGCUACACC